AUGGGGGCAUUUGAAGAGGACGUGGGGACGCUGCUUUCCUUCGAUACCCCGGAGCUGGGGAGUUCAAGGAGUACCCUCAACAGUACCUCCAACAGUACCCCCACCAGUACCCUCAACAGUACCUCCAACAGUACCCUCACCAGUACCCUCAACAGUACCUCCUCCAGUACCCCCAACAGUACCUCCUCCAGUGCCCCCCAACAGUACCCCCACCAGUACCCCCACCAGUACCCCCAACAGUACCUCCAACAGUACCCCCACCAGUACCUCCUCCAGUACUCCCAACAGUACCUCCAACAUACCCCCAACAGUACCUCCAACAGUGCCCCCAACAGUACCUCCAACAGUUCCCCCAACAGUACCUUCAACAGUACCAUCAACAUUAUCUCUAACAGUACCCCGAAUAAUACCCCCAACAGUACCUCCACCAGUACCCCCAACAGUACCUCCACCAGUACCUCCAACAAUACCUCCACCAGUACCUCCAACAAUACCCCCAACAGUACCUCCACCAGUACCCCCAACAGUACCCCCACCAGUAUCUCCAACAAUACCUCCAACAAUACCCCCAACAGUACCUCCAACAGUACCUCCUCCAGUACCCCAAACAGUACCUCCAACAGUACCCCCAACAGUACCUCCACCAGUACCUCCAACAAUACCUCCAACAAUACCUCCAACAGUACCCCCAACAGUACCUCCAACAGUACCUCCUCCAGUACCCCAAACAGUACCUCCACCAGUACCCCCAACAGUACCUCCACCAGUACCUCCAACAAUACCUCCAACAGUACCCCCAACAGUACCUCCAACAGUACCUCCUCCAGUACCCCAAACAGACGGGUAGUCUACUCUCAUCAGAGGGGUCUUUAA